AUGGAGGCGGAAAAGAAAUACGCUCCCGACCCCCAUCAGAGCGGGAGGCCCAGGCCCAUCCCCCGCGCGUCUCCAGGGUUGCGGGGUGCUGGGGGCUGCUGGCCUGGUAGCUGGGAGCAUCGCUCCAGGACCCCCUCCAUCCCCCGCCACACCCGGGCAGCCCCCUCCCGCCAGGCCGUGUCGGACCCUCCGUCUUCUUCUCCUUGUCACCCGCGGUUGCCUUCGGCGGGGAUCUGUGCCCCGGAGCGCAAACUGACGCUUCCCCCCUUCUCUCAUCAUCGCCCCCCCACACACACACCUCCCACCACCCAGUCCCUGGCGGCGAUGAGACAGAGCGGCGCCUCCCAGCCCCUGCUGAUCAACAUGUACCUGCCAGAUCCCGUCGGAGAUGGUCUCUUCAAGGAUGGGAAGAGCCCGGGGUGGGGGCCACUGAGCCCGGCGGUACAGAAAGGCAGCGGGCAGAUCCAGCUGUGGCAGUUUCUGCUGGAGCUACUGGCGGACCGCGCCAACGCCGGCUGCAUCGCGUGGGAGGGUGGCCACGGCGAGUUCAAGCUCACGGACCCGGACGAAGUGGCUCGGCGCUGGGGCGAGCGCAAAAGCAAGCCCAACAUGAACUACGACAAGCUGAGCCGCGCGCUGCGCUACUACUACGACAAGAACAUCAUGAGCAAGGUGCACGGCAAGCGCUAUGCUUACCGCUUCGACUUCCAGGGCCUGGCCCAGGCCUGCCAGCCGCCGCCCGCGCACGCCCACGCCAGUGCGGCGGUGGCAGCGGCAGUGGCGGCGGGGCCCGGAAAGAGGGACAACCUGUCGGGCAGUGAGCCGCGCGCGCUUCUCCCAGUGGUGGCCUCCUUCUCGUGGGUGGCGCGCGCCCUCUGCUGGUCAGAGGAGGGAGCCGCCGCCGCCGGGGUGGCCUCCGAGGUUGAUUUUGCUCCCAAACCUCAGCCUCCUGAAGCCGGCAUCUUCCCCACCCCCCAACUCCCGGCAUGCAACACGUUGGAAAAGCAAAUCCAGAGCCGCGGCCUCUGGCGUCCUGGCCUCCACCUUCCCCUGCGGGACAGGGGCGGCUCCUCCUCUGGCCGCGGCGUGGAGCGGCGAUAA